AAUUUAUUUUUGCAAAUUCCAUUCUGACCUAAUGGUUUAAAUUUAAAGUUUCAAUCCGAAAAUCAUUUAUAUGAGGAGCAGUAAUGUCGGGCUUAAAAAACUUUUUCAAUGCCAAUACAACAAAAGGGAGAGCAAAUGUUGCGAAAGCCACAUAUGCCUCCUUCGCCCUUCUAUACUUAUACUAUAGACUGACAAGGAGUAGUAAAGCUGAUGUGAAAGCCGAUUGUAAGGAAUGUAAAGACUCAACUAAGACCAAUUCUAGUUGCCAUACAGAACCCACUGAACCCACGUGCUCUUCAAAUGCUGCUCCUCAGCAAAAAUCAAGUGCAUUUGAUAAAAAUGUGUGUAGUGAUGCCUUCAAACAUACUGGUGAAAUCAAUUCCUGUGGGAAUGGAAACCAUGGAAACCAUGGAAACGGAAAAUCCUGUCAAAAAGGACAAAGUUCGAAAUGUAAGUCUUCAAAUGGCAAAGGUUCAAAAUCGAAAAAUUGCUCAGAUAUGACAAACGGGGAUACGGAAAGUUCAUGUAAUAAUUCUUCUCGUCACAAAUCUAAUGGAAACAGUUGCAAAAAUCAAUCUGACACCGAAUACACGUGCAACCAAUCAAGUAAUAAAUGUGACAACAAUAAUUAUAACUCUUCCCAGGAUUCAUAUAAUGACUGCGGUCAAAAAUCAAAAUCAGAGUAUAAUUCAGAUAAUAGUAAUAACAGAUGUAACAAUUCUUCUCGUAACAAAUCUAAUGGAGACAGUUGCAAUAAUCAAUCUGACACCGAAUGCACGUGCAACCAAUCAUCUAAUAAAUAUGACAACAAUAAUUAUAACUCUUCCCAGGUUUCAAAUAAUGACUGCGGUCAAAGAUCAAAAUCAGAGUAUAAUUCAGAUAAUAGUAAUAACAGAUCAAGUUGUGGUAAGAAAUCAUAUGAUUCGAACUCAAAUAAUUGCAAUUCACAAUAUAAUGAAAAGUCGUCAUGUGAUGGAGAAUCACAGGAUACGGGAUCGAAUUAUGAAAAUUCUUCAUGCACUGUACAGUCCAGUUCUCGUUGUUCUGGCGGUAAUGAUAAUUCUUGUUUUAAUAGAGAGUCAUACAAUUCGGAAUCGAAUUGUGGAAAUUCCUCAUAUAAUUCACAGUCCAGUUCCGGCUGUAAUGAUAAAUCAUCAUCUUGUAGUUGUUGUAGUUGUUCUGACUCUAAUGAAAAUUCAUGUGCUAAUGGAGAGUCAAAUAAUUCGAGAUCUCAAUGUGGAAAUUCUUCAUGCAAUUCACAGUCUAAUUGUGAUUGUUCUGAUUAUAACAAAGAGUCUACGUAUGGUAGAAAAUCAAAUAAUUUUGGAAAUGAUUCUGAUUCUGGUCGUUGUCCCGACUGUAAUGAAGAGUUAACUUGUGGCAAAGCAUCAAAUAAUUCAGGAUCAAAUUCUCAAAAUUCAUCAUACGACUCACAGUGUAAUUGUAGCCAAUGUUCAGAUCAAAAUGUAAACAAAUCCUGUGGAGAUUCUAGUUAUAACUCACAAAAAAAAUCGUAUUGUAAUUAAGAAUUACGAAAUACAAAUCAAGAUUUUAUUUCUAA